GAUCCGGACCACAGCUCAGCCCUGGAUUCAAUACUCCUGAUCAAUGGACAGAGCCUCCUCAGCGGGCAGCAGCGCUACAGACACGCCGUAAACAACUCGUUCUCUCUGGCUGGAGCUCCUCUGGGGGUGUGGAGGAGGAUGGAGCGAGGAGGAGAGAGUCCCAUCACCCAGGACAGUCCUGAGCGGAGGGGGUGCAGCCCUGACCUCAGUGGACUCCCACCGCCAGGGAAGAAAGGGCGGCUGGAGCUGAACGGGAGCCCGACAGGGCCUCGAAUACGCCACAAUGGAGCCCCGCUGAGACCUUUAGGAGGUCUGAUGAUUCCAGUGUUCUGCGUGGUGGAGCAGUCGGACGGAGGGAUGCAGACGGACGUGUGUGACGGCCGAGAUGAACACGCAGAGUUCGUCCUGGUGAGGAAGGAUAUCCUCUUCUCUCAGCUGGUGGAGACGGCUCUGCUCGCCCUCGGAUACUCGCACAGCUCGGCCGCACAAGCUCACGGCAUCAUCAAGGUGGGACGGUGGAACCCUCUGCCCAUCCACUUCCUGACCGACGCUCCCGAAGCCACCGUCGCCGACAUGCUGAUGGAGGUCUACCACAUGGUCACUCUACGCAUACAGCUACAAAGUUUUGCAAAGCUGGAGGAUCUUCCCUGUGAGCAGUGGAACCACGCGACGGUCAGGAACGCUCUCAAAGAGCUGCUGAAGGAAAUGAACCAAAGCACUCUGGCUAAAGAGUGUCCUCUGUCACAGAGUAUGAUUUCCUCCAUAGUGAAUAGUUCGUACUAUGCCAACGUCUCCACCGCCAAAUGUCAGGAGUUUGGUCGCUGGUACAAGAAAUAUAAGAAAAUCAAAGUAGAUUACCUGGAGAAGAUGUGGUCCGGACGAGAAGCGUCAGACAUCAAAAUUGAAAGAGACAACAUGGCCGACUUCUGCGUCCUGGGCCAGAGACCUCCGCCUCACCUGGCCACCCUGGCCCAGCUCGGCCACCUCGGAGCCGGCAGUCCCCUCAUGAAGGCGGUCUCAGGUGACCCUCAGGCCCCCGGCCAGCCUCAGCAGCCCCCUCCUCCCCAGCAGCAGCCCUCACCUCACGGCCCGCUCCACCACAGUCCUCCCCUCCGCACGGGCCAGGUGCCUCCCCCGCCCCCACCGCCCCUCCCAGGUGCCCUGCAGCCCCUGCUGGGUCCAGGUGGGAUCCUGUCCCCGCAGCUCACCCCGCAGAUGGUCCGCCAACAGCUCGCCAUGGCCCACCUCAUCAACCAGCAGCUCGCUGUUGGCCGCCUGUUGGCGCACCAGCACCCGCAGGCCAUCAACCAGCAGUUCCUCAACCACCCGCCCAUCCCACGCGGGUCGUCCAAAGUCGGAGGCGACCAUCCCGGGAGCAACCCGUCGGCCGCCGAGGUCUCAUCUGAAAUCUACCAGCAGGUCAGAGACGAGCUGAAGAGAGCGAGUGUCUCCCAGGCCGUGUUCGCCCGCGUGGCUUUCAACCGCACACAGGGUUUGUUGUCAGAGAUCCUGCGGAAAGAGGAGGACCCCCGCACGGCCUCUCAGUCUCUGCUGGUGAACCUGAAGGCCAUGCAGAACUUCCUGAACCUGCCCGAGAGCGAGAGAGACCGGAUCUACCAGGAGGAGAGAGAGCGCACCAUGAACCCGACCGUCGGGCUCCCUCCGUCCAACCCAUCCAACUCUGGAGCUUCUCGCCUCUCACAGAAAGUGUGGGAGAGGAGCUUGGAUGACCAGAUAACCCCUGAUACCUGGGCCUCCAUCUGGAAGAACAAGACUAAGAUCUCCAACUCGCCAAAGCCGAGCGGGCCGACCUCUGACCUCCCGCUGAAGCUGGACUCGCUGGUCAACAUCACGUCGGGGAUCUACGACGAGAUCCAGCAGGAGAUGAAGAGAGCCAAGGUGUCGCAGGCGCUGUUCGCGAAGGUGGCCGCCAACAAGAGCCAGGGCUGGCUGUGCGAGCUGCUCCGGUGGAAGGAGAACCCCAGCCCGGAGAACCGCACCCUGUGGGAGAACCUGUGCACCAUCCGGAGGUUCCUGACGCUCCCGCAGGCCGACAGAGACCUGGCGUACGAGGAGGAGUCCCGGCACCACCACACGGAGAGGCUGCACACCGUCCUCCACCUGCCACAGGACACCCAGCUCUUCUGUCUGUCUCGCCAGGCGCUCCACAGGCCGCCCCCGCCCCAGAUGAAGGAGCACCGCCUGUCCCCGAUGCGUGAGGAGCAGCUGUCCGCUCAGGUGAACGAGGAGGGGUCGCAUAACGUGGGACCAGGAGGUCCAGGAGGAGGAUGUCCACCUGGAGCAGGAGGGAGCGGCGGGAGCAACAAGAAGCCGCGAUCACGCACCAAGAUUUCCUUGGAGGCUCUGGGGAUCCUGCAGAGCUUCAUCCAGGAUGUGGGCCUGUACCCAGACCAGGAGGCCAUACACACCCUCUCAGCCCAGCUCGACCUCCCCAAACACACCAUCAUCAAGUUCUUCCAGAACCAGCGCUACCACGUCAAGCACCACGGCCGCCUCAAGGAGCUGGGCGAGAGCGCUGCGGCCAGCGGAGGCGUGGACGUCAGCGAGUACAGAGAAGAGGAGCUGCUGUCAGGAUCCGAGGACCCCGAGUCCAGUGAAGACGGAGCCGAGGAGAUCUACCAGUCCACAGACGGGAACGGAGGGAGCGCAGGAGGGAUGAACCAGCUCCCUCCGGCUUCCUCCGGCUCCAACUGCAGCCAGUCGUCCUCGGGGAGCAACGCCACUCAGGAGGAAGGCAAGGACAAGGGGCACGGCCGACCCGGCGGGAGCUCCUCAUCCAGUCCAAGAGAGCAGGCUGACUACCAAAGGUAGAGACUGACUCCCAGAGAGGACGGACGGAGAGAACACCAACAAACAGAACAGGGGAAUAAGAUAAAGUCAGGAGGGACGGGUCGGGAAUGAACGUCUGUGUCGGCACAGAUUAACCAGAAACCAUUCGGCUGAAAUACUGCACAGACUCUUCAUCGUGACAAUCUCAGACAUCCGUGAAGACCUGACGUGUGGAGUGAAAUUACCUCAGCAGGUUUGCUUUGACACAGAAGUGGUUGUGCAACUGUGAAAAACAAGUUUCCCCAAAAAUGAUUCACUCCUAAACUCUGGAGAGACUUUCUGCUGCUCAUUCCUCCGACAGAUUCAAAACCUCCUCAACGCAAACCAUCCAACAUCUCAUCACCAGAACGCCACUCCGAAAGGAGGAGGCGUCCUCUCCAAAUCUGAGCACAGUCACAUAAUAACACGUCCUCCUUUUAGUGACAUUCAUAAACCGGAUCCGGGGCCUCCUCAGACCUCCAAGAUCCGAUCAAUCCUCAGGACACACUGACUGAUGUUGCUAAUGCUGUCGCCUGCCUGAGAACACGGAUGGACCGCGGCGCCGACCGACCGUCCAUCAGAGAGAUCAGAAACCACCUGAAGUCCUCGCCCUCGCUUCGCCGACACACUCCAGAAUCACUUCCUGUCCUUUAUAGCACUUACUGUUCACUGAGACACGACGGGUGUGACGCGGCGUCGCCUCGGCUCCCGCGUGUCCGGAGGAAGAGGCGAACAUGUAAAGAACCGGACGGACGGACGGAGCGGAGAUUCAGCAGCCAAACAAUCAGUCACUUUAUGUGCGGUAGUUCCACUCUCCCUCUCCUCCCCCGUCUCCCCCGUCUCCCUCCCUCUCUCUAAUUGAAGCCCACAGUCUUGUGUUCCACCACACCUCCCCGCACUUAAACUUCACCAACCCUAUUUAUUGCUAUCUUUAUCCAUGAUUAUUAUUAUUAUCAUUAUUGUUAUUAUUGUUGUUAUUAUGGCGAGAGUUUCUGUCAUUGCGUGCUAUUUUUAGUUUUGUUUCCAUGGUUUUUAAAUAUUGGUUCGCAGAGCCGGGCGACACGAGACAUUAAGAGCACUCUGCCCCGAAGAGGAGGAGGAGGAGGAGGAGGAGAGGGUGGAGGAGAUAAAGAAGAAGAAGAAGAAGCAGUUACUGAGUGUUAUUUGGUUUGGAAAGAUCCUGUCAUGUUGCAUUACGCCAUUUUUUAUCAUUAUUUCCAAAAAAAAAAUUAUAGAUAAGACUUGUUUUAAAAAAGAAAUAAGAGGAAACUGUGUUUUUUCGCUGAUGUUGAUGACAAUCUACUUUUUGAGCCAUUAAAGAAAAGUGGCAGGUCG